UGUUGCAGUGAAAGGAUAACUUGAUAAUUAAAGUUAAUUUAAACCUUAAUAUACUAUAUAACAAAGUAGUACUUUUCAAAAGAUGGGGAUUUUUACAAAGUUUACCUCAAAAUACAAAUUUAUAUUCUGUGGACUUUUUAUAUUUUGGAUUAUUGGGAUGAUUUAUACAGUAUUGUCUAUUGGCCAAAAACGAUCUGGAGACCAAAAAGAUGGAAAGUUACAGAUGAAUUUUCCAAAACGCAAUCACUUGCCACCACCCAAUAGCUUAAAAAUGGUGAAAAUCCACCGAUAUUGUAAUCCACCAGAAAAUAUUUCUUUAGGGAGAGAAGGGUUGGUCAAAGGAAAUUAUUCUCUUGAAUUGGUAGCAGUGCUGAUUCGCCAUGGUGAUAGAGGACCACUGAUAUCUGUCAGAAAUCAAUCAGCCAUUAACUGUGGACUUCAGGGUCGACACAACCAUCCUCUGAUAAGUAAGUAUUUUAAAUCUUUGAGGAUGAAACACAGGUGGCAAAAACUGAGAGAACAGUUUGGGUCAUAUCCUUUAUAUCCAGAAGAAAGGAAUUGUCAGAACGGAGAGUUAACUCACGUUGGAGCUAUGCAACAUCUAGUGCUUGGUCAGUUGCUUGGAGAAGUUUAUAAGAAGAAGUGGAAUCUUCUUCCAGAACGUACAACAUCUGACCAUUUUAGUGUUCUAAGUACUCGCUAUUCACGAACUUUCCAAAGUGCUCUAGCGUUUAUUUUUGGUUUUCUUCCGAAGUUAGAACUUGAUGACCUUAAGGUUAUUCCAGUGGAAGACCAGUUAUUCUGUAUCAAGGAAGAGAGCUGUCAGUGUGAAAACCUAAAUCAACAGGAAGCUCUGGUUGAUGAAAAAAUGAAUCAGUUACUGAAGUCUCAUCCAGCAGUGGUUGACUUGAUCUACAAGUUGUCUCCCAUUGUGAGGGGUAGAGGAGCUAGCCCUAACAUUACUCACAUCAAACCACUUUUUGAUGCUCUCAUGGCUUAUGUGUGUCAUCAGUCCCACCUCCCUUGUUGGCCUCAACCAUACACAUGUGCAACGAUUGAUCAUGUAAGAAACAUGAUUUCGUACCUAGACUGGAAAGGGAAGCAACUGCUAGGCUACCCUCCGUAUCGAAAAGGAGCUCUUUUGAAAACAUACAGUUUACUUACUCGUUUGAAAAACAUUUUAUCUGACAGGAUCCGGAGAAGAACGGACCGACGUUUCUUCCUUUUUUCAGGGCAUGAUUUGACCAUUGAGCCACUGUCAGUAAUUCUGGCUUUCAACAGUGGGACUAUUCCACCUUACGCAUCAAGAGUGGUAUUUGAACUGUAUAAACAAACGAAACCAUCUCAUUCAGACGAAGAUUACGUUAUCAGAGUUUUGUUUAAUGGGAAGGAUGUUACCAACUUUUUACCAUUCUGCAAGAGUGCUUUGAUAUCAGAAAAACAUGUGUGGAAAGGUGGUAAAAGCUACAAGCAGCAUUUUUGCCCUGUUGAAAGUUUCUAUAAGUUUAUGUCCAAAGAUUUCUUCACAAGUGUAAAUGGGACUGAUUUUUCUAAUGCAUGUGGUCUCUCUUAACUAAGAGUUAUAAAUUUGCAUAAGCAUCAUAAUUAAGAAUCCUGUAACUUAAAUGUUUCGUAAUCAAGCUUUUCUUGUUUUUGUAUUGAUAAUUAUGCUUAAGUAGUAUUUAUGACUAUAGAGGCCGCCAGUAAUCUCUUCGGAAAAAAUGCUAAUUUAUAGGCUUUUUAUCAUUUAUUGUUCGACUGUGGGAAAAAAUGUACUUUAUCUUCAAGUAAUUAAACAAUUGAAAUGUUAAUUUAUUAGUUAAGGCAAAUAUAAAAUGGGUAAAGUGCAAAAAGAAACUUCUGUGAUAUCAAAAUAUAUCCCAAAACAUAUUAGUUACAUAAGAGUAUAGCCUCAGUAUGAUAAUCUUGAAUACAUAUACCUACUAUACUGGAGGAAGAGAAUAGGUAUGUAAUUAUGUGAAUAACCAUACAUGUACAUUUGCUGAGUGUAAAAUGUUUCAAAUCUGUUAUGCAGUCACAUAAAAAAUAUGCAUAUGAUUUAAUAGACAUUAUACAUCUAACAUUUAUUUUAUAGUAAGAAGUAAUUCUUAUGAAAUACAAAAGAUGUUUCUUCUUCCGUUACACUUUUUGUCUAUAAUGAAAGAGUAUUAGUGAAGAUCGGGUUUAAAGGUUUCAUCUGUGAUGUAUAAUUUGUCUCUAUUAUAUUUCUGGCUACUUAAUGUAGUUACACAAUUGGCUUAAAGGAGGUUGAAGUACCGGUUGACAAGAUGCGAAGGUGAAAUCAAGAUUUAUAUAAAGGUAUUUGAACAUCACAUUCAC